GCGCCCUUCAUCAUCUGUGGAUUUCGUUUCCUCUCCUUUCCCCUCUUUCGCAGCCUUCCUCCUCUCCCGUCUCCCCUCUCUUCUUUCGUUGCUUUCAUCGCCUUCGUUCGACUCGGUACCGCCAACAUGGCCCCGAAAAAAGCGGCGCCGAAGCCGGCGGCAAAGAAGGCCGCGGCGGCGAAGGCGGCCCCAAAGGUGGCUGUUAAGGUCAGCCCUAAAGUGUCAAAGGCGGCCCCAAAGCCGGCGGCAAAGAAGGCCGCAGCGGCGAAGGCGGCCCCAAAGGUGGCUGUUAAGGCCAGCCCUAAAGUGUCAAAGGCGGCCCCAAAGCCGGCGGCAAAGAAGGCCGCAGCCAAGGUGCCAGCAGCUCCGGCCCCUGCUCCAGUUCCCCCCAGCACCUCCGCUGCAGCCAGCAAAAGUGUGCCGGACAAGCUGAUCAAGAAAGGAAAAGGCGUUGUGGACCCGUACUUCGCGAAGGCCAGCACCUGCCGCGUGGUGGAGGACGACGGGCUGGUGUGGCAGUGCACGCUGAACCAAACCAACGUGGGCGACAAUAACAACAAGUUUUACGUCAUCCAGCUCUUGCAGGACGAGGUGUCACCGAUGUUCUACCUCUUUACGCGGUGGGGCCGCGUGGGCGUUCCGGGGCAGCAAGCAACGGAGCCGCGACCCAACUUGAUGGCCGGCAAAAUGGCCUUUCGGUCCAAGUUUCGGUCCAAGACGUGCAAUGAGUUUGCCACUCCCAACUUUGUGAAGGUGGCGGGCAAGUAUCAGCUGAUGGACAUCGACUACGGCGCGGACGACGACGACGACGAGGCGGAGGCAGAGGCGGCGGGCGGUGAUGGACAGGCAAAGAAGAAGCCGAAGACGGAGGCGGCGGCGCCACCCAAGUCGAAGCUGCCGAAGGAGGUGCAAGAGCUUAUCCACAUGAUCAGCAGCCAGUCGGCCAUGUCUAACACACUGCGCGAGCUUGAAAUUGAUACGAAGCGAAUGCCUCUCGGUAAGAUCUCGAAGGAGCAGAUCAAAAAGGCCUAUGGCGCCCUGCAAAAGAUUGAGGCGGAGCUGAAGAAGAAAAACCCCAACGUGGAGGCAGCCACCAGCGAGUUCUACACCCUCAUCCCGCACGACUUCGGCUUCCGCCGACCGCCGCUCAUCAACACCGUGGUGAUGAUGAAGGACAAAAUUCAAAUGCUCGACGCACUCUCCCAGCUCGAGGUCAGCUCCAGCCUGCUCAGCCGCGAGCCGGCCUCUGCGGAGAACCCGCUCGACAAGACCUACGACGCCCUCGAUUGCGAGUUGCAGCCGCUGGCCCGCACCGAUGCGGAGUUCCAGCUGGUGGAGGAGUACGCGCGCAACACGGCCGGGGCCACGCACAACUCGUACUCCCUUUACGUCGAAACCGUCUUCAAGGUCAAUCGCAAGGGCGAGUCUCAGCGCUACGAGAGUCACUCCAAGUCCAUCGGCAACAAGCAGAUUCUCUGGCACGGCAGCCGCACUACCAACUACGUCGGCAUUCUCUCGCAGGGUCUGCGCAUCGCCCCGAAGGAGGCCCCCUGCACGGGGUACAUGUUUGGCAAAGGCAUCUACCUGGCCGAUACGUGCACCAAGUCCGCCAACUACUGCUGCACCUCACGGACGAACAACAACGGUCUUAUGCUGCUGUGCGAGGCGGCGCUGGGCAAGCAGAAGGAGUACCUCAACUCGUGCUAUAUGGAGAAGGCGCAGCCUGGCUUUGACUCGACGAAGGGGCUUGGCAGGAUGCACCCCGAUCCGAAGAAGUCGACGGUGGUGGACGGUGUGCUGUGGCCAAAGGGUCCGAUGGUCAACGACGCGGCGACAAACUUGUGUUUGCUGUACCCGGAAUACAUCGUGUACGAUGUGGCACAGGUGCGUAUGCGGUAUCUUAUCAAGAUGCGCUUCGACUACAAGCGCUAA